CUUUUGGUCUGCGCAUGCGCCUCGUUCUCCAACGGUAAACUACUAGCAACAGAGGAGUUUACAGAGAAAAAGAAAUUCUGUGCGGUGUAUGGCAAAAAAAGAAAAAACACAAAGGAAGAAGAAAAGUAUUAAUUUUGAAUGAACCCCACACACUGGAGUAAGCGAGGAUGACUUCAAUAGCCAGCUUUCAGGAUAAUCAACAGAGCUAUCAGCUGCUACAGUUUAUUCACUCUCAAUCACAGCGACUUUGUCAGCAAUUUGAAAUGCACCCGAAUCAAAUGGAUUUGGAUUUUCUCUACACUCGUUAUGAGAACCUGCUUUCUAUUCUUGUGAGAUGUGUCCGGAAUGGUGUUUCUAGGGAAAUUGACGACAUACUAGACAGCAUGCAAAGGGUAUUGUAUUUGUUGCAAGCCCAGUCAACUCAGUCAACGCAUGGAUUUAGGCCUGCCAAGAUAAGGACUGGAGACAGAGGACGCCCACACUGGGACAUUUCCCCAGAGCAGUUGGAAUACCUUUUGGAAUUUAAUUUCACUGUAAAGGAAAUUGCACGCUUAUUCUGUGUCAGUUAUAGAACAAUAAGAAGAAGAAUGUCUGAAUAUGGAUUGUCAGUACGAAUGUAUUACACUGAAAUUACAGAUGAGGAGCUUAGACAAGUUGUAGGUGACUUCAUCACAGAAUUUCCUGACUCCGGAAUAAAGCGAGUCAGUGGAUUCCUUAACAGUGUUGGACUAAGGGUGCAGAGGUCCAGAGUAAUGGAAACUUUACGGACUGUAGAUCCUGUGGGCACUGUAUGUCGUGGACUUGGAAUCAACAUAAUUCAGAGAAGAGUAUACUCUGUUCCUGCACCCAUGGCUUUAUGGCAUAUUGACGGAAACCAUAAGUUGAUUCGAUGGAGAAUUGUGAUCCAUGGGGGGAUAGAUGGGUACAGUAGGAAAAUCAUGUACCUGCAUGCAAGUGACAACAAUAGAGCCUUGACUGUUCUAUCUUCAUUUGUUGGUGCUGUGCAACUCUUUGGGGUACCUAAAAGAGUGCGUAGUGAUAAAGGUGGAGAGAAUGUUGAGGUGGCACGCUUUAUGCUGGAGCAUCCAGAUAGAGGAACAGAAAGUUUCAUCACUGGACGCAGCGUGCAUAAUCAGCGAAUUGAAAGACUUUGGAGAGAUGUUUGGUGUGCUGUGACAGUCAACUAUCACUCUGCACUCCAACAUCUCUCCAGCACCGGUGCUCUCAAUCCUGAUAAUGAACUUGAUAUCAUUUGUCUUCAUUAUGUGAUGCUCCCAAGAAUCAAUAUGCAUCUCCAGCUCUUCAAGCAAGCAUGGGAUCGGCAUCCAAUUUCCACAGAGCAUGGGAGGUCACCACAGCAGUUAUGGAUUGAAGGGCAGUUACGGAACAGCGAUCAAAUUUGUGACCCACUGUCUGAGCAGACAUAUCUCGAAGAGCACAGCAUUGACUGGGAGGGACCAACACCAGUGGAUGAUGAUGACAUAAUUGAAGUUCCCCCACCACCUGAGAAUCUGCACAGUGCUGUUUUCCAGUUUCUUCAAGGAAGAGUGGAUCCACUUGGCACUAGCACUUGCUUUGGAGUUGACAUUUUCUUGGAGGCAUUAAGGGUUUCAAGGGAGCAAUUGGAUUACAGUUUCUAACAUGUAUAACUUUAAAUGAGGGUCACCAUAGCCUGGUCUCUCUAAACUAAAUCAUUGUAUUGUAGCAAUUUCGCUGCGUAUUCUAAAAAUCUGCAAAUUAGUUUACUAUUAUGAUUACUAGUUAAUACUAAAGCUUGCCAGCCUACUGUAUGACCACAACAGUGAAAG